AUGUCUUACGGCUAUGCCCCGCUCAAUGAAAAGCUUCCAUGCCCAUUGAUGCGACAGUUGGUUGCGGAUAUGCGCCGAGCCGUCAAGCGAGAACCGGGAUACCCUCGAAUCACGACCAAAUUUGGCCAUUCACACACAGUCGUUGGUCUGGAAACUUUUCUAGGCCUCUUCAAAGAUCCUGAAAAACUUGCAGCUCACACGCCCAUUCAGCGCAUUCAAGAGCGCAAGUUUCGCAUGGCCCAGAUCGUAUCCGAGCAGCCAGUUAUUCUCCCUGAAUCUCACUCGGUUUUGUGCCCUUUUGAAAUGUUCUAUCAGGUGGUCGAGCCCAAACUGCACUGCGAUUAUGCCGCUCUAUGCUACGUUCCUACCUCCGAAGCUGUGCACGAAGAUGAUCCACAGAACUUUCCCUUUGGAACCUUUUGA